ACUUACUACUUGCUUCCUGUGCAAGAGAUUAAAAAACAAAGUACGUUUUGUAAUUUGUUAAGCUAAGCAUUAUUUAUUCUGAUUUAAUAUUGAAUCUUGAAUAUUAUUUUAAAUAAGAUAAAAUCAUCUUGUUUAUUAGAUCAUGAAUAUUGAAAUUUUACCACUUUUUUAAAAGUGGUAAAAGUAACUAAUCUAAGUCUAAGUGAACUUCUGUUCUGAGCUUAUGAGUAGGGCUGAUCACCCACGUCCAUGGCCCAUGCCCAUCAUUGAUCAUAUGCCAUAUGCCCAUAUACCAUCAUACUGAUACUGAACUGGACCAUAGGACCAUAGUAUAGUGACAGUAUAGUCAUUACAUAGUCAUAUUAUUAGUAUUAUUAAUUUAGUAUUUUCAGCAUUUGAAUUUAUAAUUGAAUGAAAUUGCCAGCACCAUCAUUCACCAUGAAAUAAUAAUGACCAUGGGCCUGGAUUAUGUAUCAUAGUCAUAGUCAACUCUGAAAGUGUAUAAGUAUAGUCAUAGUCAGUAUAGAACUAGAGACUAUAUAGUCAGAGUAGAGUAGAGAUUGAGUGAAUUCUUAUCCUAAUCAUAGCUCAACAUUAUCAGAUCAUUAUUCCGAAUCAUUAGUAUUAGUGAUUAGAUUGGGUAUCAUUUUUUAAAUUGGAAAAUGUAAGCAAAGCCAGCCAAUAACGUUCUUUGAAAUUUAAAUUAGAGGCCAAUAUAUAAUAAAGGUAUACAUUAUAUUAUACAAAUACAGUAAAACCUCAGAUUUAAAUUGCCAUUAAAACGAGUUUGUAAAUUGGAGGGGGUCUUAAAAAAGAGGUAGGACAUUUUCGCAAAACGACAUUUAGUAAAUUGAGAUUGAGUAAACAAGUAAAAAAAAGUAUAGGCUAGUAUAGGCCAUAGCUACCAUCUUUCGUUGAGAAAUAUAAAUGCUGCUCACAAUCAAUACUAAUACAGUCUCAGUCACUAUCUUCCUGUUCCUCAUUUAUUCCAAAAAGAAAUCAAUGCUGGCAUGGUAGUUGUUUUAAGUGGUUGUGUAAGUGCUGAGUACAUGCUUAGAGUUAUAACCAUUUAUGUAAAGCCUAUAAGAUAAGCGCAUUAAUAUUGUUGUAAUUAUUUAUAUUCAAUCAUUGAAUAGUUAUUUGGUUGAAAGAAAGCUGUUAUUUCUGGGUUUUUUUGUAUGAUCCACCCAUGCAUGUUCUGAUGUUCUUUUACUUUGAACACCAGACAUGGUGUCGGCAAGGUCCAAGUUGAUAGGUCCCAGAGUUAUUUCCCCUUCACUAUUUCCUAGCUACUGGCUCCUUUAGUCAUCGUCUAACGUUUAAAAUUGUAAACGAAACUGUUUUCCUCAAGUGCAUAUAUAGUAUUGCUUUAGAAUCUGACUUGUUCAGGUGCUAGGUCUUAAAAUUGCAUUAUUUGAAGGUCGCAAAUCGCGUUUUAGAGGGUGUCGUUUAAAAGACGUCGUUUAUAUAUUACAAAGCAUCAGUGAAUUUUUUCCGGUCGCAUAUUGGAGUAACUAGUUUAAGAGAGGGUAGCAAAACUAAGAUUUUACUUUAAUCAUAUGAUCACGGUACUGAAUUUACUGAAGUACGGGUAUAUUAACUUAGACUUUUAAUUUAUUAAUUAAGUCUUAAGUGAUCUUAACUGUCUGAAGUAAGACUUAAUAGUAAAAGACAAGAUUCUUUAAAUUUAAGUCUUAAUUUAGACUUAAGAUACAUUUAGUGACUGACACUCACGACUAAGACUCGCAGUCAACAGUCACUUAAUUAAAUUUAUUUAAUAUUUAAUAUAUACACUAGUAGUUGAAGUACUAGUGGUCUAGGCUAAGUCAAGUGGCAGUGGUGACUCAGUGGUCAGUAAAUGAAAUUGAGUAAAUUAAUGCCCUUAUGUGAGAGUGUCAGUGUCACUAUUUACCCUGGUUUGUUACUGGACAUAAUUUAUAAUAAACUAAACUGCCAUUAAACAACAUUUUCAUAUCAAUCCUCCACCACCUCAAAUAGUGUAAUAAUAAUGUAAUUAUAAUGUAAAAACUAAGUAACUUAUAACUAAAUUUUAGGCUUACAAGUUAUUCAGAGGCGGAGAAUAAAGGACUCUUAAUCUUAAGUUAAAUCCAACCAAUACAAGGCUAAUUAAAAGAAUGCAUUAAAAAUGAGAUAAAUCCUAAAUUGCAAUUACUGCCUCUCAGUGCUGUUAUAUUUGGUUUUGAAAAUUUAAUCUGUGUUAAGAUUUGGCUCAUUAAUAUAUUGUCAAUAUGUAACAAUGGACUGCAAACCAGUGUACGAAGAAAAUGAUACCAAAGCUAGUGAUACUAUCAAAGUUCAAUUUAAUUAUACUAUUAAAUUUCUAUAAAAAUACAAAUUCAAAAUACAGAAGAAAAAAACUUAACCAACUUACAGCAGCGGUUCUCAACCUGUGGGUUGCACCCCCUUGGGGGUCGACAACCCUUACACAGGGGUCACCUAAGACCAUCAAAACACAUAUUUGUGUAGUAGCAACGAAAAUAAUUUUAUGGUUGGGGAUCACCCAACAUGAGGAACUGUUUUAAAAGGUCGCAGCAUUAGGAAGCUUGAGAACCACAGCUAGGUACAAGCCUUGAAAAAUAUAAAUAUUAAUUUACACACAUAAAGAGUACAAUCUUGCAAGUAUAAAACGUCUCUUAGAUGUCUUUGAAAAUUAGCAAUAAUCUCUUGGCCAGAAAAGCUGCCGGCCUAUAUAUAAUGAUCAAAUCAGAACCCCCUAGUCUCUAGAAAAGAAAUUCUAGGAAUUGUGUCAGCUGAAAGCAUUUUUUAGAACAAAUAGAAUGUAUUCGAACAUUAACAAUAUUUUCACAUUAAAAGGAGGGGGGUGGGGAGGGGGGUAAAAGGAGUUAUACAGUGAUGUCAAGAUCAAAAUAAACCAAAGGGGAGGUUAGUGGUGAUGGCCACAACACUAAAAUUAAGCCUACACACAUGCCAUAACACUGACAUUGUUAUUAUAAUUACUGAAUGUAGGUAGGCCUACUAUUAAAAUGGAUUCACUUACACAAAUACAAUAUAAAUGCAGACUAUAAGUGAUCAGUUGUAAUACAUAUUUCUCAGACGAUGGAAGACAUAGCAAAUGUGAAAGGUGUGGAACCAGGGAGACUUGUCUGUCAAGAACGUUAUGGAUCAACAGAAAAAAAACAUGAUUACUUUUUAAAGGAUGAAGAUGGAAUUUUAAAGAAAAUUGAUUCAUCUGCCCGUCACAGUUCACUUUCUCAUCUAUUCAGUGUUAGUUAAAACCUGGAAAUAUUUGUAUUAUUUUCAUUGUUUUUUUUUUUUUUAAUGUUUUCAAGUUAAUGAUCAGACUAGAUCUAACAUUGUUAAAGUUAUUUUAAAAAUUACAGUUUCUUGAAAAAAAGAAAUUAAUUUUGAAAUCACAAUUUUCAAAAAAAAAUUAGUCUGUUUACACAAAAAAUUACCUUCCUAAUAGUUUCACAUUUUAUUUUGUACAGAGCAUUUUCCUUCCACAAGGAUAUCCAGACAGUGUCAGCAGUGAUUAUCUCACUUAUCAGAUCUGGGACACAAUACAGGUGUGUUAUAAUGUUAAAAUGCUACUUUCAUUCAUUCAUAAAUAAACACUUCACCGGAUCUCAUUGAUGCUAUUUUUAUAGUCAUUUUUUAACAUGUUUGUCAAAGUUUGCUCUAAAGAAAAUGUAGUUUGUUAAUUUGAUAUGAAAGUCUCUGCUUCUUGGGAUGAGUUAUAUAUUUUAUUACUUAUGAACUUGUGUGCAUCCAAUUAUUUGAAAAUCGAAACCGAAGUUCUUAAAGAUUGUUGAACUUGAAAGAUAAUCUUGAUUUUUUUAACUUCAUUAUAAAUCAUUAGCAGUAUUAAAUCCUACCAGAUUCCAUUUGAUCACAUUAUUAAAAAUGUAGGUAGUCUAUCUAUGAUGUAAUAUUUCCUUAUAUAAUAUAUUUUACUGUUAGGCUUUUGCUAGCAGUAUAACAGGAACCCUUGCGGCACAUGCUGUGUUGAAGGGUGUGGGCGUUGGAGAUGGAACAGCAACUGUUAUGGGUGCAACUAUUACAUGGCUAUUGAAAGGUAUUUAACAUGACUAUUCAUUUUGUCUGAUUUACCAUUACGGCAACUGUUGUUGGGGUAACUAUUACAUGGCUACAUGUUUCUUUCAAAAAGCAUUACAUUUUCUCUCUUCAUAAUUAUCAGUCUCCUAUUUCCCUAAAAAACAAAAAAGCUUUAUUUGUUUAUGGCGACAGGUUUAGUCGUAUGUGCAUAUCUGUUUCAUUACAUUUAAGCUGACUGGUGCUAAGUGUGUCUGUUAAUAUUGUUAUUUUAGAUGGAGCUGGAAUGUUAGGACGUAUAUUGUUUGCAUGGGCAAAAGGGUGAGUAAUCUAGCUUAUAGAGUAACAUAACAUGAGUUACACAUAAAGCAUUUUCAAAAGUUGAUUUUUUUUUUUUUUAAAUAUACCACUUAAUUAUUAGAUUUCAAUAUUAUCAGAUAUGGAAACAAGUUUAUUUACAAAAUGAAGUUAAUAGUUAAUUAUGACUUGGAAAUUGCUUUGAAAUAUUAUUAUGUUAACUUUCGUCUUAACACACUGUAGCAUCAGGAAGGCUUUGUCCAAAUGACAUAUUAGGAUAUUAGAUUGAAAUUACUUUCAUCAGUUUUGAUGGAAUGCCAUUUUAGGAAAUGAAUUUUUUUUUUUAUAUCACUUUUUAUUUUGUUAUUUUCAGUACUGGACUAGACUGUGAUGCUAAAAGAUGGAGGUAAAGGAAAUAUUAUUUUUAGAAAAUCAUUAUUACAAAUGUUGAUCAAUUUUUUGGGGCCUACAGGAGCCAGAAUGAUCAAUACUUUGAUCGUGGGCCCUUAAUAUAUAGAAGAAGAAGAAAGUAUUUUUUAAUCAGAUAUUAGUGCUAGAUGGAUAUAAUGUACAAAUUUUAUAUUAAUUUGUGUGGGGGGGAAUGUUAAAUGGUAUAAUAUUCUCUCGAUUGUCCAUGCAUAAUAUUUGUUCAAAAUUGUUCAAAAGUCCAUCACCUUUUGUGUAUUAAAAAACGGAGUGGGGGAGUGGGGAAGCUGGGUGAGGUUAAUCACGUCCAGUUUUAAGAAAACAUAAGUCUAAUACAAUAUAAAUUCUCUCUAAUUUAGACAAGGAAGAGUCUCGAGAUGAGUCGACAUUUUUUUAAUGCGGUUGUUUCAUUUUGUUUAGGUUAUUUGCAGACCUACUUAAUGACACUGCCAUAUUUUUGGACAUUUUGGCUCCAUCAUUUGGCAGUUAUUUCACCAUUGUUGUGUGUGUUUCUGGCAUUUGCAGGGUUGGUAUCUGGUUUUAUAUGGUGUGAUAAAUUAGUGCAUUCAACUUUUUAAUAUUAAUUUUUGAGAAAGUUGCUGUUUUUAACAAGAUUAAUGUACAAAACCUUCCCAAGACCAUUUGCCAUUAUUUACAUGAACCUAUGUAACAAAUGUUCUAUUUUCUUAUGAUGUGUUGAAAGAAACCCUACAUUUUAUAUUGAAGAGCAUUGUUGGAGUGGCAGGUGGAGCGACGAGGGCUUCAUUGACACAGCAUCAGGCUCGCCGCAACAAUAUGGCAGAUGUUUCGGCUAAAGAUGGAAGUCAGGUUUGUUUCUUUCUCUAUCCAAUCAUUUUAAUGCAAAUUUUGACAUUUACACAUUUUUUUGUGUGUGAAUAUUACUUCAUUUCUGAGCAUCGAUAAUUUUGUUUAAAUUCAGCUUUGUCUGUGUUGUCAUGAACAAAGUAAAUGUUGAACAAAAUAUAAUCCUGCAAUAAAUAAAACAUUAGGACCAGGAGUUGUUUUGGUUACCAAUAAAUAAUAAGGUUAGAGUUUAGUUGAACAAAAGAGAUGUUACUUUUCUCCAUGGUCUAGGUUAAAUCUGAACUGAAGUUAAGCAAACAAAUAUAUAAUCUUAAAAAAAAAAAAUUCUUCUGUACUUGAAGUAUAUUUUUAAAUGAACUAUUCUAUACUCAUCUGUAUCUGCCAAUGUUACACUUGUAAUCUAUUUCAGGAGACACUGGUGAACCUGGCUGCCCUCAUUUGUAGUCUCAUCUUGGUUCCAUUAGUCAGCACCAGUCAAGCGUAAGUUAAAGCUUAUCAUCACAGUCACAUCAUUUUUAGCUUUUUAUUACAAAGCUCCAACACAACUAAAGAAUAUGGCUUACAGAUAGGGUACCCCAAACUGAAACCAAUAUUUGUAAAAAACUGGAUUUUGUAAGACUAACCACUGCAGUCACUGACACUCUUAAUCUUCUUGUCUAUCCAUUUAAAUAAGAUCGUCAUCUUUAUGUCAGCACAUACAUUGGAAGACACAGCACUUACACCGGGGCUACUCGGUUCACUGUAUAUAUUUCCUGUUUAACAAAAUUAAAUGCACAGUAAUCCCACCUCAAAAAAAUCUGGGCAGCUUCAAUAAUUUACUGGCAACAAUAAUACAUUAAAGUCUGUAAGCUUGUGUGUUUCAAUAAUUUAAAAUCUCAGCUCAAUUAUGUCUGUAUAUAAUAUGAAUUAACAACCAGAAGAGAAUUAAAAACAAUUCAUGAAUAAAUAAAAAGUCAUGAAUUAACAAAAUUCUGGGAGUAGAACACAAAACCGCAGACAACAUGAUAAUUUCUUUUAGGCUUCUACUUUCACCUAAGCAACUAUUCAUUUAAUGUUGUUAGCUUAUUGUUUAUUUUAUUACAUCCAGAAUAAUUUGGUCCCUGUUCCUGGUGUUCACAACGUUGCACCUGUUUGCCAACUACAAGGCGGUGACAUCGGUUUGUAUGGAGACCAUCAGCCAAGCAAGACUCCACUUCAUCACAAGGCACUACCUGACUAAGGAGGAGGUUCUGGAUGUGAAAACAGUUAAUUACAUGGAACCAGUUUUGUUUCGUAAGAUGUUCUUUCAAAAGAAAAAACAACAGUUAAACGUUUAACGAUAAGUUGAUUUAAAACCUUGUUUAUCAUCUCAUAAUUAUUUUUUAUUUGGCUGUCUAAGAAAGUUUAAAUGGCAUGAGAAACACUGCAAUGUAUCUGUUUACAACUUGAUGAUUUAUAAACAUGUAUACAUUUUUGCAAGAAAUAUUUGAGCCAAAUGUAUUUUAUUUUCAUCUAAAAUGUCUUGGUCUUCCCUUCUCCCGAAUUGAUAUCCCCAUAUUUCUGCCACAGCACAUUUAAAAUUAAAAAAAUGUACACAUUUCAAUUGUGUAACCUCAUUGGGGUUUAUAUUUGAUCUGCAGCUGUGAGACGUCCUCUGUCUAUUAGGCUUGGGGUCUCUUUGGGAGAUUUGACCAGGAGGUUAGUUAAAAACUGAGAACAAGGUUGUCCGAGGCUGUAAGUUAGUAAUUUUUUUUUGUUAUAAAUAUCAUUGUUAAAAUGAGUUUCUGUCUAGUAAUCCAUCAGUGCCACCUUCAUCAUAAGAAUCUGCUCUGCUGAUAUCUUGUUUAGUGUGCUGAAGAUAUGAAUAAAUAUUUGUUAUCUUUCUUUUGCAGUAUUUCAUUCCCGUCACUGAUGGACGUGUAUGAGAGAAGUAUGACAGGUUACAUACUCGGCAUAGACAUUCAAAGAAGUGAGUGAGUUAUUAAUCAAGCUACAAUUAAAAAACCUUCUUUUAGAUUAGGUUUAUAAAUAGGUCAAAUAGGCCUUCAUUAAAAAAUCCAUUAAAAUAGACUUGACUAUCUACAUUUUUAAUUAUACAUUUUUCUUUCAAGCUCCUAUGUGAUUAAAACAGUUGAGAUGUAAUUUGUAUAUACCCCCUUUUCCUGUGUGCUUUGCAGUGGAGCAUUAGUCUUGAAACGGUGGCCAUUUUAUUUGCACCCCAAUGGCGAAGGUCAUUCCUUUCAGUUGGUUCUGUGCAUAUUGUAAUGAGAAUACUAACGGCACCAUGAUACACUGUUAAUGAACACACAGUUAUUGGUAUUGAAACUGAUGCAUGGGAUGUGUUCCUCGGACUGAUGAUAAAGACUAUGUUCUAUUGGCGGUUGCCUUCCUUGGCAGCUGUGUUUCAUCCCCCAAUCUGGCACAUUAAAGACAACUAGGAAUCCCUCUCAUAGGACAACCAUCCAUGCCGGGUUUCAUCUCAAGAAUUAUUUCAAUAAGAAAUGCAGGCACUUAAAAAUUGGUGUCUGCCAGGAAAGCAAUAGGUGUAGGAGGAGGGGGGGCCACAUAAAUAUACUGUGCCAUUUUCCAAGUUGAUGUUCACACAUUAAAAGAUUAUCAAAUUCUGUUCUCUGUUUUCCUAGAGCAUAUUGACAUUGUGCUGUCCCAGUCAUCUGACACGCUUGACCAGCUCCAGGCCUGCUUUCAUGCAGAGCUUCUCAACUUUAUUUUGGAACAGAAUAAGAGAGGACAGGUAAAUCUUCAAAAUGUUUAAUUAAUUAAAGAAUAUUUGCAUACAUUCCAAAACAUUUGAAAUUACAAUAUGAAUUAUAAAACAACUGAAUAUUGUGGGAACGGUAUCUCUUUUUUUUUUUUUUUUUUUUUUUUUUUUUUUUUUUUAAUUUUUUUGGUUUUUUUUUUUUUUUUUUUUUUGUUUGUGUGUUUAAAAUUGUCUGGCUGUUAGUUAUCUAUGUGUUACUGCUGACCCUGUUUAUCUGUGUUACUGCUGACCCUGUUUAUCUGUGUGUUACUGCUGACCUGGUUUAUCUGUUACUUCUGACCUAGUUUAAAUGUGUUUUACUGCUGAUCCUGUUUAUCUCUGUGUUACUGCUGAUCCUGUUUAUCUGUGUGUUUAUGCUGAUCCUGUUUAUCUGUGUGUUACUGCUGGUUAGUUAAACCGUGAAAGGUUAAAAGUGGGUAAUGAAAUAUUUCUGAAUAGUCGACCAUUAGUUCUAUCCUUGAAUCCUAUCUAUCAAUUAAUUUCAUUUUUGCAAUUUUUAAAAAAUAUUAAGCUUUAACAUUAUAUAAACAUAUAUAUAUAAUUGGGGUUGUUCAUGUUAAAGAUGAAGCUGGACUAUUUGGAAACAAAAAUCUUCUUGAAUAAAAAUGAAUAUUUUAUUAAUGACAUUUUGGGGACAAUUUUUAAAUCUUAAAAUUAGAGGUACUAUAUUUUCUCAUUCAGGAGCUGAGCCCGAAGUUAAAACUCUUGGGGAAAUUGAUGCAUGAAGUUCAGAGCUCAGGAUCACAUAAUGAAGGUAUGUUGGUUCCUAUCAGUCAAUAUAAUUCUCUAUGCAUGAAAGAAAGUAUGAUACAAUGGUGAGUUCAGUAGCAUGCAAAAUUAAAUUCCUAACUAGCUGAAUGAGAUUCUUAAAAAUACAUGAAGUGCAUUUGGUGCGUAAUAUUUUCAAUUGUUAUAGGUAAAUAGUUGGUGUAAUAAAUCUGAUGUGCAAAAGUGGGUGGGGCAUUAGAAUUUUAAUAUAGUUCAUGGGCGUAACAAUUUUUGGUGGCGUACUGGGUGGUGGGGAGGGUUUAGCUCUAAUAGAUAUUCUUAUAAAGUAAUUUUCUUGAUUGCAUGUUUUAUCUAGUAACUUUAGUAGAUGGGAGGUUCACUUAUUGCCGCAGCCAUUGUCUGGCAGACCAUAAAUUUUUACAAUUAUAAUUAAAUGUACUGGAGGAUAUCAGAAAAUUUAACCAUUGAUAAAUUAGUGAUAAAAGUUGAACCUAUUUUUUAACAAACCUUGUUAAAUGAACCAUAGGUUAAAUAUUUAUAUUGAAAUUAUUGCAAACUGAAAAUACAUUUCUUAAAAUGUGUUUAAAACUCAGAUAUGAUUAAGUCUGUCCUGGCAACUUCCCUGCACUUUGUGGAGAGCUGUUUAUCAUCCUUGACGAGAGAGCUCCAUGCCCAUGGUUGGGUAACUGAGGUUGCUCUGCUUGGCGCCAAUGAAUGGAGGGCAUUGUGGGAUUAUGAAGAACUGCUGAAUAAGAAAUCAAACUAAAAUAUUUCUCUGCUGCAUGAAGCUGCAUGCAUGAAGUAAUACAUAACUUAUAAAUACAAAACAGAGCUUGCUGGUUUCGGAUGAAAGCAAACAUUGAAGUUAAAGAAACAAAUACAGUAACAGUAAUAUGGAACAUCCAAUAAUCCUAUUUAAAGAUUAGCCAUUAUCUACUUUUAUUUGAAAUACUUAAGUGUAGUAAUACAUGAUAAUUUCCAAUGAAAAUUCCUUUUGUUUUUGUCAAUAUUACUUUUUAUGUGCUAAUAUUUAGAUGAAUAUACAAUCUAAAAUGACAAUUAAUUUUUAUAAAAUGCUAAUUUUUUUUCUUGGCUAAAGAGUGUAAUAAAAAAAAAAAUCUAAUAAAAUUAACAAAUAUUCUAUAUAUUAAAUUAAAGUAUAGGUUUUAAAUUAAAAAAAAAAAAAGUUAACUUCUUGAAUUAUGUUACUAUGUUUAACAUUUUUUUUAAUAACCUUAAUCUGUGUUGUAAUGAGGAGAUCUGACUUAACGAAAAACAGUAUUUAACUUACCACUUCCAACUUUUAUCUCAUAUUUCUAUUACAGUUCUUUCAUUAAACACAAAAGAAUGCCUUGGAUAAUGUGUUACUGUUAUUUUAAAAAAAAAUCAUUAAACUGUAACUAAAAUGUGCUGACAUCAAUAUACAUUUGAAAAAUCCCUUUUUAUUUAUCAUAUCACAUCAGUUAAAAUGUCUAAAUAUGUCAGUGUAAAAAUAGAAGAAGCAGUGCUACAAUAUGUCAGUGUAAAAAUAGAAUUAGGAAAGUGCUACUUGGGUAAGUGAGUUAUGAUCUGCACCAGAAAACAUCAUUGUGUGAGCAUAUAAUUGUGAACUCAACCACUUUGAUGACAUCUUUUACAUGACAGAUUUUUCCAGGUAUUAUUUUAAAUUUUACAGUGCAAUAAAAUCAAGUCAUGUGAUAUUUCAACAAAAAAAAUGCAUUUUAAUAUUGACUAUUAUUAUUGUCAAAUAGCAAAUGUGUAAUUUUUAUUUAAAAAUGAAUGUGCAAAUUAACUCUGCCAGCAUUGACGUUUGAUUUGUAUUGGACUUUGUGAAUUAAAAAUAUUAAUUUUGUUGUUAGAUGAUAUAAUUCAUGGCAUUUAUUGUAAUGUUGGGUUGCAGAGAAGCCUUUUAAGUGGGAUGUUUUUGAACUAAUUUUGCAAGCUUUUAUAGGUAACUCUUUUAGAAAUAAUGUGUGUUGCCUCUCCUAUUAACAGAGUUGUUUUGAAUAAAAAUGCUUGCUUUAACCCAUUACCAAAUCCUGUGAUAAGUACUAACAUAAAAAAUAGUUUUUGAAUAAUGAUAAAAGGGGGGUGGGGGUGGCUAAUAGGUUUUGUUUUACACACCACACAGAUUGUUUUCUGUCUUUACCUUAUAUUCCCAUUACCCAACUUAUCCAAGUAAUAUCAAUAGUUUGUUAGAACAAAUUAAAAUUUAAGACUUAUCGUGCAUGUAGAAAUAUAAGUUUGUUGUAAGUGGAUUGAUUUACUUUAACUGUGCAACUGGUUGUGAUUACAGCCAACAUUUUUGUGUCUCAUUUAAAUCUAUUGAAGCACAACUGUAUUUCUGAUGUACAUUUUAGUGAAGAACUGCUGUCCAAUUUUGAUUUAUAGUUGAAUUUACAUUUUUAAAAUUGCAGAGACACUAACAGAGAGUUUUAGAUCUGAAUUAUAGUAAAUGACAUUAAUGAUAAUUUAUCUUUUGUUUAUCUUGUCAGUUUUGAUAAUAAUUUUUUUUUUUUUUUCAAUUGUUGUAUUUUAUCAUGAUCAAUUGUUUGCUUAACACUCACUAAUGAGAAUUCAAUUCAAUCAGUUAAAAGCUCAUUACUAUUUACCAUUCAUUUAAAAUUGACAACAAGAAUAUGAUUAAGUUUUCUAAAAUAGUUACUCACAUAAUAUAUUAUUUCACUGCCAUACUUUACACUAAAGACAAGGGAUCUAUAUUUCCCACUACCAAUUAAUCAACAUUCUACAAUUCAAUAACCCAAUGAUUUUCAGUAUUAUAAUAGUUAUAGUGAUAUAGUAUAUUCAAAUUAAAAUACUACAAUUGCAUGCUGUUAUUCUCCCCC